AUGGAAGAUCUCGAAACUCCCACCACCACCACUACAGCCACCGACGCCGUUGCACUAUCGGACCUCCACAACCCCGACAAUGGCGAAACCGCAACUACCCAUGAACCUGACACAUUUUACGAAGACUUCGACAGCACUUGCUCAACUCCUUACGUUAGCGCUCCGUCCAGUCCCGGCCGUGGACCACCGGCAAGUGGGUUCUACUACAGCGCUCCGGCGAGCCCUAUGCAUUUUAUGUUGUCUACCUCCAAUACAAGCACUUCAAUGUGUUCCAAAACCGAAGGAACAACGGUUAUGUCCAGUUCUUUUGAAUUCGACUUCUCUGCGAGACUGGCCACGAAUGGGCUGGCCUCUGGUGGGUCGAUGAGCUCCGCCGAUGAGUUGUUCUUGAACGGCCAGAUCCGGCCUAUGAAACUCUCCACCCACCUGCAAAGACCUCAGAUUCUGGCUCCAUUGCUCGAUCUGGACGAAACUAACGGCCUAAAUUGUGAAGAUUUUGAAAAUAAUGAUGAAGAAAAAGUGGGUAGAGGACGAGAUCUGAAAUUACGAGACAGAUCUAUACGGAGGAGGACUAGAUCUAUGUCGCCAUUGAGGAGUUCAUCCUUCCAUUGGCAUGAAGAUGACGAUAGUGAAGAUCGAGAAGGCAAAUCUACUGAAGUAGGUACUGAGACUAAGGAUGUUGAAGGUAAGCAGAGUGAAACGAUGCCCUCUCGGUCGUCUUCUUCCUCGAGGUCUUCGUCAAGGAGGUGGGUUUUCUUGAAAGAGUUUCUAUACAGAAGCAAAAGUGAAGGAAGAAACAAUACCCACAAGUUCUGGUCUUCUCUAUCGUUUUCACCGGCCAAAGAGAAAAAAAGUGACAAAAUUUCAUCACCCACAGCACCAUCUAACCCACCUGCUUCAACAACGGCGGCUAUGGAGAAGAAGAAAGAGAAACAAGGUAUAAAAGAGGCAAAAAAAAAGAGAUCGACAAAUGGGAAGGUGGCGAAUGGUGUUGGGAAGAGGAGGAUGGGUGGUCCGUCAGCUCAUGAGUUGCAUUACACAUCGAAUAGGGCUCAAGCGGAGGAAAUGAGGAAGAAGACAUUCUUACCGUACAGGCAAGGCGUGCUUGGGUGUUUGGGUUUUAGUUCUAAGAGCUAUGGUGCUAUGAAUGGGAUAGCGAGAGCUCUGAACCCUGUUUCUUCGAGGUAG